AUGGCUUUCCAGUCCAACUCCAGCAUUGCGAUGGCUCUUGCUGGCAAGACCGCUUCUGUUGAUAUCCCUCAUACUCGUGCCGGCAAGAUAGGCAAGACCCAGUCUCGCCCAGGACAGCCGGCCAUGCUCCCAACGCCACCCAACUCCAUUUCCCCUACACUUCCCCCACAGGCAUUCAAGGGCCGUCGUGCGCUGUCGCCAGGCUCGCCACUAUCCACCGUGCCCCAGCUCGACUCUGAUAUCGAUCUGGAAGACGCGGUUGAACACGCGAACAGCCAGAGCCAUCUGCAGUCGACACUUGAUCUCGACAGUGUCGGCGACAUCACCCCUGCCAUGCUGGCGAAAUGCCACUUGCCUGAUAUCUUGCUGCAGCAAGGCCCGCUGGCCAUCCGCCAUGUCAUGGGUUACUUGACAACCUCGGUGCCGGGAUUCUCGCGUAUUCCACCUGCAAAGGCGCGUCGGCUCGUCGUAGCCGCGCUCGAGGGUCGUGGCAGCGGGGAGGCAGGUGGUAAGGAAGGAGAUGUUGUCUUUGAGAAGAUCGGUUGGGGACGUUGGGAUGCGCGUCGACGCGACCAGGCGGCAAGCGACCGUGCCUAUAACUUCAACGUGUCAUCGCCCCCAUCCAGCACGGCUGGAUCAUUCCAGCAGCGUGGACUGCAGAUCGAAGGUCGUUCGGGCUGGGAUAAUCGUCGUGACAGCCGGGAUCCGUACGGUGCCAGUAUGGGUCGUGACUCGAUCGCGUUUUCAUAUGCCGAUGGGGAAGACUAUGGUGCUCGUGGCGAAUAUGAGGAUCUCGACAUGCUCGAGCAUGAGGCCGAUAAGAUGUCGCUAGAUGGCGACGAUCGGGAAUACUGUUCUUCCUCUGAGGCGCCGGACGACCUGCAGGAUGAUGAAUGGGAUGAAGGCGAUGUCACCGACGAAGAAGAUUGGGCACAUAUCGGUGCGGAUGCAUUGCUCGCCCGGUCCGUCAACAACACUGGGGGUAUUUUGCAAAACUGCAAUGUUGCCGCUCGAGCGAAGCCUCUUCAGGUUCCCUCUGGGCUUUUCGGUCACGCCAACGCCAACGGACCCACUACCUCCACCAUGGCCAAAUCCACUCCCCACCACUUCGACACUCAGGAACGCGCCGCAGUAGAGGCGCUUCUACGCUUGGGCUCUAUGUAA